AUGUCUGUGGGCACGAUGCCCUUUCGGCAGCUGUACCACCAGCAAGACGGCUCUCCUGACUUUCACGGGCAACAUGCAUUUCAGAGUCCGCAUUCCCAACUUGCCAUCGUCGACCCUGACUCCAUCGAUUUCACCGGGUGGCAUGAGAUGGACUUUACCACUGCUCCGCUCACCACCACUCCGUCACGGGGGACGCUGAACUCACAUCCAGCCCUCAACCAAAAAUACUCGACCGCCAUGGACAGAGAUCAGGAUCCGCUGGCGUAUCUUCGCUCUUCCAAUCACCGGCAGGGGUCGACGGGUAGCCUGAUCACCUCUUCUGCCCAUCAACAGUCUCCUGAACCUCGUAGAUCCUCAGGAGACAUGUACUCCAACACCCAAUAUUCCUACUCUCAGCUUCUCAACAUGGAGGCAAAUCUUCCACCCAUGGAUCAGUCGAGCCUCAUCAGCUCACGCGCUGAUGACGAUGCAACUAUGCUCAACAACGACAACAGUCUGACGACAACGUUAUCAGCUUCUGACUCUCUCAACACCAGCCUGGAUCCUAUCGCGGCGUCGAUAGCGUCCAAGACAGACUCGACCGAGAAGCUCUGCCCUCUGAUUGCCGGCCAAGUAGACAGCUGCCAACCACAGCGCUGUGGCCCCGACGCACCUUGCAUGAACUUCACCACCCUGCCGCCUAUUGAGGAGUGCACAUCUGUCCCCUGCAUAACGGGAUCGACGACCUCGCCCAGUGAGACCAUGAUUAGUAAUGACAGCAUGUCUGUCGAACUACAUCAACGGCCCAGCAUGAGCGCGAGAACGAGCACGACAGCCACCUCCCGUUCGGCGACCACUCGACGCUCAUCAAGUUCCACCACCGCUACCACCGAACAGCCUGAUACCGUUCCUCUACCUCCCCGAAGAACUUCUGCCGCCGCAGCCCGCCGUCAAAACCGAACCAGUCCCACCAUGACCACCGCAGCAUCGCUGGCUUCGGAUGACGAGGACGAGGAGCAGCCAACCGCAAAAUCCACGGCUCCUUCCAAAGCCGACGCCAAACAGCGGGCGAAACAAGCCCACUCGCUCGUAGAGCGCAAAUACCGCGAAAAUCUCAACGCGAAAAUUUCCCAGCUGCACAACACGCUCCAAGCGUCUCAUUACGGGCCCAAAGUGGGUGAGGACGGCGAACUCGAGGCCGCGAACUCGGCCAACGGGCUCCCUCCUGCCAAGGUGCGCAAGAGCGAUGUGUUGACCGAGGCGAUGAACUACGUCAACCAGACCGAAGUUGAAAUGCGACACAUGGAGAAUGAAAUACACAGACUGACCGAAAGAGUGCGGGUGCUGGAGAAGCUGGUGCGCUGCGAGGAUUGCAGUCUGCUCAAGCAGAUGGUCAAUUUACAAGUUCAAGCGGUCUGA